AAAAAAUGGCGGUAAUAUUGGGUCUAUGUCGGAUGUCAAUUACUUCUCAGAGCACAUUCAGAACAUGUAAAAAUAGAACUGACUGAGCGAAGGAGGGGGUCGAAAAUGACUUCAAAGCUGCGACUUGCUUCGUCUGGAGGCGAUGUAAAGAUUUGGGACAUGCCGGAAUUGAACAUGGUGAAAGCCUUUAGUCCUCACUCUCAGCCUGUGGGUUCGCUGUGUUGGAGUCCCAACAAUCAGUGUUUGGCUAGUGCUGCAAAUGACAAAGUUGUUGUCACGUAUGUAAAGGGGGAUGAGUAUGAUACAACUGAAAUUACUGCUGGGGAGGGGAAUACUUGUGUGGCCUUUAAUUCAUCCUCUCGUUAUUUGCUGACUGGUGGAAAUAGUAAAACUCUUAAUAUUUGGGACAUGAAAACAAAAAGCAUAAAGAAAACAUACAAGGAUCACAAGGAUAUUGUUUCUUGUGUAGCUUUUAACUGGAAUGACACGUCUAUUGCAUCAGGGUCAGUGAAUGGAGACAUACUCCUUCACAAUGUCAUGACAGGACAAGCCUCAGAUCCUCUGAGAUUAGCAAAAACACAGGCUGUCAGAGACAUUCAGUUUUCACACUUCAAAAAGAGUUUAUUGGGUGCUGUAAGUGAUGAUGGAGCUCUCAAUCUUUGGGAUUCCAACACAAAAAAACUAUCCACAUCAUUUGCAUCUGACCACAAAGGACCUGCAACAGGACUAACUUUCUCACCCAUGAAUGAUAUGCUAUUGUGUAGUGUGGGACUUGACAAGAGGAUUGUGUUCUAUGAUGUUCAGCAAAAAAAGUCAGUUAAGGUUAUGAUGGCAGAAUCUCCUUUGACAUCUGUUGAUUUUAUGUCUGACGGAGGAACAUUGGCAGUAGGUUCAACUAGAGGUAAAAUCGACAUCUAUGACCUGCGUAGUGGAUCCAGUCCAGUCAACACAAGAGUGGCACACAAAACAUCAGUUCAAUCACUUUCAUUCCAGUCAUCAAUUAAGGUUAAUAGUUUGGGAAGUAGCAAAAGUUCAAAACCUGUGACUUCAAAUACUAAAUCCACACCAACUCCAGUGCCAACAGAACCACAGCCUGUUGCAACAGCUACUGUAUCAGCCAUUCCAUCCAUCAAUGUACCAGAUCAUGCUUCACACAUUCCACUAUCAAAACAAAAUGGAAUUAGACAAGAAGAAUCCGAAGAUAUUUUCUCACCUUUAAGAGAAGUCAAAACAGCGGCUGUAGAGGCUACCAGUAAGCAAACCAAUGAGCCACCCCUCCCUAGUUCAGGAGAAACAGUUCCUUCAUACAGCUUAAAAGAUAACAAUCCACUAGAUGGAUCAGGAGUAUUUUCACCAAUUGGAAGCAAUCUGUCUUCUUCAGCAACCAGGCAGUUGCAUCACCCUGCUGAAGUUACAGCCACAGCAAAGGGCAAUAUAGAUCAAGAUCUAAACUCACCAAGGACACUUGCAGUAAAUAGAGCAAAUGAAACAGCAGCUUCAACUGUUCAGACUGUGCGAUCAUCUGGUGCCAGAGCCCUCCCUGAUCUAAGCACUGGCCAGAAUCUGGUGAAUGACAAUGGCACCAGGAUCUCAUCAGAUGUGGUGUUCAGUGGGAGUGUGUCACCCAGCAUUACUAGGGCCCAGUUUGAGAGAAAUCAGAGAACACGUUUUUUUGGAGAAUGUGCUGAUUCACAAGAUACUAAAGGGAGCGUGCAUGCUGAGGCAGAUGUAAAGCAAAUCAGUAUCUCCCCAUCUGGAUCUCUCAAGAAUGGAAAUGUAGUUACACAACCAGAAAGCAGAGGGAAAAGGUCACCACUUGGAUCUCCAUCCAAUCACAGAAGGUCAACAGAUGGUGGGUCAAGAAUACCUGAUCAGUCUGUUGGCUAUAGCACAGUGCCUAAAGUAUCAGAAACAGUGUCACCUGGGGAGAGUUUAAUAUUUGAUAAUGUAAACCAUAGUCCAGAUCCUUUACCAAGUGGAGCUGUUGGUAUGGCAACUACAAUUACUGAUGUGGGUGCAAGUGGUGCCAGUAAUGCAGGCCUGUUACCAUUUCAGGUGCAAUUUAUUAAGAACCUGAUUGAGGAAUCACUGGAUGAGUUCAGGGUAGCAUUACACAGGGACAUUGUUAAUGUGCAGGUUGAAAUGCUGAGACAGUUUCAAAUUCAGAAAAAUGAAUUGAAAGGAAUGCUAGAAAAGUAUUCAGUCAAUGAAGCCUUGAUUACUGAGAUUGAAAGGUUAAAAGAAGAGAACAAUAGACUUAAAUCCAAAUAUUGAUGUUGUUAGCAGGUCUUCCUUUCACACACAGUAGAUUGAGAUACAGACAGAUACAACUGAAAGAGAUGGGCUGUGUUCAAACACUGUAAAUAAUAAGCACCUUACUGACUUGAAAAUGUAUCAUAUAAAAUUUCAUGUUGUUGUAGUUUUACAGUUUCAAGAAACAGCUUUAAUCAGAUGGCUUUUUUUUAAUAAUCAGCUUGUGAGAAAUGUCACAUCAGGGUUUAGUUGUUUGAGCAAGCAGAGAGGAAUUCAAAAAAAUGAAACUCACCAAGGAGAUGCACAGUUAGUUGGUAUCCAAUUGAAAGAGUUUUCUAUUUAUUUAUUUAUUUCUUUUGGUACAUCCUCACAUGCUCACCCAGCUGACUUUGUAUUAAUCUUCACCAAAAUGAGGUUAAUUUUAAUAGACCUGCGAUAACAUUUUAUAGCACAAUUGGUAAAAAGGAAUGAUCAAUGGUGUUGUUUUAAUGGUUUUUUUGUUUUUGUUUUUGUGUAAAGUGUGAGUUAAUAACCACUAAUAUUGCACAUUCGAGUUACUGUGAAAAAUCUGAUUGGUUGAGAGCAAUCAAUCAAUAGACAAAAGCAUAUGAAGUUGAUAAGUGCAAUAUCUGCACUAAAUAAUGCAUUUAUCAUGUUGAGUUCAAAGUCUGCCUAGUCUCCAAGCCCCUUGUCUGGGUAGUGUUUUCAAACUUUUCCAAACUCAGAGAGAAACUAAUAAUAGCUGAUUCAAUUAAGUAUCAUCUUGCAGAUUGUUUAGAAAUUGUAUAAUAAAACAAUUCUUAAAUUUGGUUUUUGCAUGAUAACUUGAAUUAUUAACCCUUUAACUCCCAUGAAUGACCAAGACAGAUUUUCUCCUUAUAACUUCAAUACAAUAUCAAGCAGACAAGUGAUGAUGAGAAUAAAGUAAAAUAGAAAUAAUUAUGAGAAUCAUCAGUUGAUCCUACACCAAAUUCUCCAAACUAACAUCAUAAGAAUUGUAUGGCAGACAGUGAGGAGAAGUACUAAUGAGAUCUUGGGAAUGAAAGGGUUAAACCUGUCUAUGUUAUCUGCCUCAGCCUUUGGCUUUGGCAGAUAACUCAGAGCUUGGUUUUGAUAAUUCAUAUGAUGCUCAACCUCAUUGAGGAAUUGCUUAAUAUUUUGUGUACAUAAGAAUGCUAAGAGCUAUAUUUCAUCUGUCACAGUGUUUUUAAAUGCAUGUUACCACAUGAAUUUUCAGAGGUCAAAUGUUUUCCAGUAGCAUUAAACAUAACUAAAAUAAUCUGAGCCCUUGUUACUACACAGAUAGGGUUUUCCACAUUUCAGCUCAUUUAGAGAAUCAUUAAGGGUUUUAAUGAUGGCAGUAUUUCAAUUGAAUCUUUGAUAUUUCACUACUUGGCACAUAAAAAGUUUUCAUCAAGGAUGAGCUUAUAUGUACCAGGGUAGUUGAUUGACCAUUUUGCAGUUUGGGGGGUGGGGUAAUUUUUAGCAAUGGCAUUGCAGAAUGAUGAAUACUGAAAUGUGUAAACUUGUGAUGUGCAGAAUCCUAUCUAUAGAUGUGGAACUUUAAACUAAGUUGUUAGGAUGAAGGAAUUGUUUCUUUUCUACUGUAAUGUUUAUAUUCUUGAUCAAAUGACAAGUCCAGCCAUUCUUAAAAGAGAUGAAAUAGUAUUUUAAUUAUUUAAUUAAAUAAGGCUGUGGAGUAUUUUCUUAGGAUUCAAUGCAUUAAGAAUAAAAGGUUGAACUGUA